AUGAGCUCUAGAAGGUUGACAGCUGAAGAAGCUUUAUCUCAGCUUUUUAACUGGGAAAGCAAUGACGAAGAAGAUGUUUCAGAGACAGAGGAUUUUUCAGAGGCUGAGGACAAUGUUACUGAUGAUCCAGACUACCAAUUUUCUGAUGAGGAUUCUAAAGAGGAGUCUUCUGUCAUCGCUUCAUCAAGUGAAAACCAAGGAAUGCAGCAAUCAUCAUCUACAGAGGGGGCAUGGACAUCUAAAGAUGGUAAAAUAAAAUGGUCAACAUCACCACACCGAAGUCGAGGCAGACUGUCAUCUGCUAAUGUCAUCAAAAUGACACCUGGUCCUACAAGAUUUGCAGUCACACGAGUUGAUAAUAUCCAUUCAGCAUUUCAUCUCUUCAUACCCUCUCCAAUAGAAAAGAUUAUACUGGACAUGACUAACUUGGAGGGGAGGCGUGUAUUUCAACAGAAAUGGAAGCCCAUGGAUCUGACUGACUUGCAUGCUUAUAUUGGAAUCCUGGUAUUAGCUGGAGUAUACAGGUCAAAGGGAGAAGCAAAUGCAAGUCUAUGGAAUGAAGAGAAUGGAAGGCCGAUCUUUCGUGCAACAAUGUCUCUUGAGACAUUUCACAAGAUAUCUCGUGUGAUCCGAUUUGACAACCGUGAAACCAGAGCCAGUCGCUGUGAAAGAGACAAACUUGCUGCAAUCAGAGAUGUUUGGGAUAAAUGGGUGGAGAUUCUACCUUUGUUGUACAACCCUGGUCCCCAUGUGACUGUAGAUGAGCGCCUUGUUCCAUUCAGGGGCCGCUGUCCUUUCCGACAGUAUAUGCCCAACAAGCCGGCCAAGUAUGGCAUCAAAAUAUGGGCAGCUUGUGAUGCUAAAUCUAGCUAUGCAUGGAAUAUGCAGGUGUACACCGGAAAGCUACCUGGAGAGGCAUCUGAGAAGAAUCAGGGGAUGCGUGUGGUGCUGCAGAUGAGUGAAGGGCUGCAAGGGCAUAACAUCACCUGUGACAACUUCUUUACAUCAUACUGGCUUGGAGAUGAACUUCAGAAAAGAAAGCUCACUAUGUUGGGAACAAUCAGGAAAAAUAAACCAGAACUUCCCAGUGAAAUUCUGAAGAUGCAGGGAAGACCUCCACAUUCCUCAAAAUUUGUUUUCACCGAGAAAGCAACAGUUGUUUCAUACUGCCCAAAGAAAAACAAAAAUGUUCUUGUCAUGAGCACAAUGCACACAGAUGCAUCUCUGAGCACAAGAGAAGACAAAAAACCACAAAUGAUCCUGGACUACAACUCCACCAAAGGAGGAGUAGACAAUCUUGACAAAGUCACAGCAACAUACAGCUGCCAGCGCAAAACAGCUCGUUGGCCCUUGGUGAUUUUCUACAACAUUGUGGAUGUGUCAGCUUACAGUGCCUUUGUCCUGUGGACUGAAAUCAACCAACAUUGGAAUGUCGGCAAACUGUACCGACGUCGGCUUUUCCUGGAAGAACUGGGAAAAAGUCUUGUCACCCCCGAGAUCCAGAGGCGAGCCAGACCAGCUCGAUCCCCAGCAGCAGCAGCUCUCAUUGAAAACGUCAGGUCUGCAUCAUCUGACCAAUGUACAAUGAAUCCAGUGGAUACAGGUGCAAAGAAACGAAAAAGAUGCCAGGUCUGUCCCUCACGAUAAGACAUUAAAACAAGCACCGUUUGUGAGAAGUGCAAGAAGUGCAUUUGCAGAAAGCACACAGUUACACUCUGUCCAUCAUGUGGACAACACUGAAAAUGUUGAACAUUGAAAAUCUGAGAAAAAUAAAAGUGUUUGUAAAGAAGGAAAACUUUUACUAACUAGUUCUUACAAAUAG